AUGGUGGCCGAGGCUUGGAUUCUGCGGAUGGGGAAUCAGGUGAGCACCAAUUUAAAGCACGCUCUCAAUCUCGAUAGCUCUUCGGCAAAAUUGAUUAAGAAACAGGGUCCUCACGAGAAGCAAACCCUCGGGAUACUCUCCUUCGAGGUCGCUAAGGUCAUGUCCAAAAUUAUGAACCUGCACAAGUCCCUUUCCGACAUUGAGAUCUUCAAGCUCAAAAACGACAUCUUAAAAUCCGAUGGCGUGAAAGCCCUCGUGUCCGGCGACGAGAAGCAGCUUCUGGAAUUAGCCCUUUUCGAGAAACUCAACGAUUUGAACCGAAUCGCGAGUGUCGUCUCGAGAUUGGGUAAAAAAUGCAGUAUUCCGGCUCUGCAAGGGUUCGAGCACGUGUACGGGGAUAUAAUUUCGGGUAACAUCGACGUCAAAGAAUUAGGCAUUCUUGUGAAAGACAUGGAAGGGAUGGUCCGGAAAAUGGACAAAUACGUGACCCACACAGCAGGCCUUUACCGUGAAUUGGAGGUCUUGAACGAGCUCGAGCAAGCCGCCAAGAAAUUCCCACAUAACCAGCACGAAGAGACCCGAAAGGCUCUCCAACAGAAAUUGGUAUGGCAGAAAAAUGAUGUAAAUCACUUGAAAGAUGUUUCGUUAUGGAACCUGACGUUUGAUAAAGUGGUCGGGCUUUUGGCCCGAACAGUUUGCACUGUCUAUGCCCGGAUAAAUACUGUAUUUGGUGAUGGCCACUCACUUGACAGGAGCUCGAGGCAGAAAUUGCGUCAGUUGGAUGUGGCUGGCAAAAGUAGUAACAGUUACUAUUAUUCGGGCUCAAUAGGGAACAAAAUGGGUGUUGAGAGAAAGCCCGGUAGCUUUCGCCCCAAGUUUGGGCUGCAGAAAAGCGGAAGCAGCUUGUUUGGGCCUGAAGACUUCAACUUUGCCUGCGGGCUUGGGCCGGGCCAUCUUUUUAUGGAAUGCUUGAGUCUAAGCAGUUCUGCUUCGAAAGUCAAUGAUGAUGACAAUGACGAUGGUCAAACUAGUGUUGCAUAUAGUCUCAAGAGUAGUUUUGUUAGGAAUGGAGAAAAGCAUGGGCGUAAUAAUUUGCCGAAAACCGGUGCCCAUACUGUUGGGGGUUCUGCACUGGCCUUGCACUAUGCUAACAUAAUAAUCAUUAUAGAGAAAUUACUCAAAUACCCACACUUGGUGGGUGAUGAGGCUCGAGACGACUUAUACCAAAUGCUUCCCACGAGCCUGAGAAAGACUCUGAAGACCAAGUUAAAAUCUUACGUGAAAGAUUUGGCCAUUUUCGACGCGCACCUGGCGCACGACUGGAAGGAGAGGCUCGACGGGCUUCUCGGGUGGCUGGGCCCGCUGGCCCACAACAUGAUCAAGUGGCAGACGGAGAGAAAUUUCGAGCAGCAGCAGAUUGUGGCUCGUGCGAAUGUUCUAUUGAUCCAGACAUUGUAUUUUGCGGAUAGGGAAAAGACGGAGGGCACCAUUUGUGAGAUUUUGGUGGGUUUGAAUUAUAUAUGUAGAUAUGAGCAGCAGCAGAAUGCGUUGCUGGACUGUGCUAGUAGCUUUGGGUUCGAGGACUGUAGGGGGUGGGGAUCGUGA